ACCAAAGUCUACUGCGACAAGAAUAAUUACUGCAAUAAUUGUUAAUUACACGUACAUCAUAUCUUGUCGAUUCGAAUAUAAAAUUCAUUGUGUAUGCAGUUACUGGUCCGUUAAGUUUCGCAAGUAAAUAUAAUUUUAUUUGUUACUAAAAAAAAAACAAAAAAAGAUGUCUUGGUUGGAAUCGCCGUUCGUUGAAAUAGACGUGAAAGACGUGUACAACAAGGACGAGAAACUGAAGAAAGAGGACGUGGAUACUUUGAAGGAUUGGUUGAAAAAAACGCCCCAUUUACCGCCAGUAACAGAGUUGCAAAUCGUCUUGUUCCUGCACAGUUGCUAUUAUAACAUCGAGUUGAGCAAACGCACCAUCGACGUUUAUUUCACGACCAGGACACUGUCGCAGGACAUUUUCGGCUCGAGGACAAUCCGGGACCCUGCGCUGAGUACGGCCCUGAAGUGCGGUUUGUCGGUGGUGUUGCCAGAGCUGACGCCCAAAGGGGAGGCGGUGAUAAUGUGCAAGCUGAUGCACCCGGACAGCGCCCUCUACGACAGCGCGGGGCAAUUCAAAAUGUUCGACGUCUGCACGCAUUUGUACCUGCACAAAAGGGGCCCCGCCGAGGCGGUGCAAAUGGUCAUGGACAUGGAUCAGAGCACGUUCGGGCAUUUGUUGAAAGUAACGCCCAGCGUCGUCAGGAGGACCCUCUAUUAUUUGCAAGAAGGAAUGCCGAUUAGAUUGAAAUGUAUUCACAUUAUCAAUGUCGUGCCGUUUUUGGAUAAAGCUCUUGCGCUAAUAAAACCGUUUAUGAAAAAGGAAUUGUACGAUUCAAUAAAAAUUCACAGUGAUAUUCGAACGCUUUACGAAUACGUUCCGAAGGAUAUGUUACCAUCAGAUUAUGGUGGAUCGUGCGAAUCGGCCAGUACUUUACAUGGUAAAUUGAUUGAUUUAAUAUCGAACACCGAUGACUUUCACAGAUUUCAAGAGAGCCAAUUGAUUGAUAAAUCGAAGCGUCCGAAAUUGGAGGAUUUUGAACAGUCUCUAUUCGGAGCAUCUGGAAGUUUUAAAAAACUGGAAGUCGAUUAAUUUUAUUAAAAAAUAUACGCAGAC